UCAGGCAUCCAGGAUGUCUGUCCCUGCCUCCUGGACCCACCCUCCUCCUUGCCUGCUGCUGAUUCUACUGCUGGGACUCACAGGAGAGGCUGCUGAGAAGGAGCUGCAGGUGAUUCAGCCUGACAAGUUGGUGUCAGUCGCAGCUGGAGAGACGGCCACUCUGAACUGCACCCUGACCUCCCUGUACCCCGUGGGGCCCAUCCAGUGGUUCAGGGGGACAGCGCCAGGCCGGGAGUUAAUCUACAGUUUCAGAGGAGGUCACUUUCCCCGAAUAACAUCUGCUGCAGACACCACAAAGAGAAACACCACGGACUAUUCCAUCCGCAUCAGUAACAUCACCCCAGCAGACACCGGGACCUACUACUGUGUGAAGUUCCGGAGAGAAGACACUGUCGUCAUGCCGUUUAUGUCUGGUCCUGGCACUCAGCUCAUUGUGAGUGCCAAACCCUCUCCCCCCGUGGUAUCGGGCCCCACAAUGAGGGCGCAGCCUGGGCAGACAGUGAGCUUCACCUGCAAAUCCCACGGCUUCUCCCCCAGAAACAUCAUCCUGAAAUGGUUCAAAGAUGGAAAUGAGCUCCCAGCCUCCCAGACCACCGUGGACCCAGAGGGAGACAGCGCUUCCUACAGCCUCUCCAGCACAGCCAAGGUGUCGUUGGUCCCGGGGGAUGUUCGCUCCCAAGUCAUCUGCCAGGUGGACCAUGUCACCCUGCAGGGGGGCCCUCCUCUUCGUGGGACUGCCAACCUGUCUGAGACCAUCCGAGUUCCGCCCACCGUGGAUGUUACCCAACACCCCUUGUCAGAGAACCAGGUGAACAUCACCUGUCAGGCGAAGAAGUUCUACCCCCAGCGCCUACAGCUGACCUGGUUGGAGAAUGGGAACGUGUCCCGAACAGAAACAGCCUCGGCCCCCACAGAGAAUAAGGACGGAACCUUUAACCGGAUGAGCUGGCUCUUGGUGAAUUUAUCUGCCCAUAGGGAGAAUGUGAUGCUCACCUGCCAGGUGGAGCACGAUGGGCAGCCAGCAGUCACCAAAAACCAUACCGUGGAGGUCUCUGCUCACCAGAAGAACCAAAGCACAAAUGGACCCCCUGGUGAGGCUUCCACUACACUGACCCAGCUUUUUAAAUUUUAUCUUUAUUUUUAAUGUUAAAAGUAGUAAUUCAUGCUUAUUGUAGAAUGGUCUAGAAGUCUAUAGAUAGAACGCAGAAGCUCAAAGUGAGCUCCCAUCCCCCAAAUCCCACACUCCAAGAGUGGCCACAGGUAGAAGUUUGGUACACAUUUUUAUAGAUUUUUGACAUCAAUACACAUUCAAGACAGAGAGAAGGGAGGAGGGAGAUGAUCUGUUCACAGCGUCCUGCCUCGUGCUUUCUUCACCAGCUACUGCGUUCACCGUUCCAUGUCUGCCCCACCCGCCUCCUUGCUCUUUCUAACCGCUUCCUAGUGUCCCUGGCUGCCACUGCAAGCCUGUCCCACUGGGAAUGGGGCAGGGGUUGGAAAUGGGGCAGGGGCUUCAGGAUGUUUGUACUUUUCUAGU